ACCUGGCAAGCAUCCUUUUCAUUUCAAAUAAAGAUACACUCUGUGGAUAAAUCAGCAGCCAUCCUCAAAAUAGAGAUAUGAAUGUGGUCUUGUAAAGACUGUGGGACAACUGUAUCAACAAGAGUCCAUCUACUAAAACACUACAGAUUAAGAGUUUAAUGAGACAGUGCACACAAUGUCUGCUCCGGUAAAGCUUCGAAUUCUCCUAGGAGAAGAUAACUGUGUGAAGCUAACUUUGCCUUCUGUACUCUGUGGACAGUCUUAAAUUUGAGAUUCAAAAACAGUGUGGAAUUGAAGGAGAGUUCAGACUGCAGUAUAUGGACAAUGACUUUGAGCAGUUUAUGAACCUGACUUCAACAGCAGACAUCCAAGACAAAGGAACAGUAAAAGUGAUUAAACCAAGUAAUCAGUCAACACAAGCACCCAGCCAUAUUCCAUUUACGCCUUGUCAUGAGGAUUCCUCUGCAGACACUGAUAUACUUUCAUCUUCUGAGUCAACCACCUCAACUUCAACCACAUCUGCAACCGCAUCACUGAGAUGUCAAGGCUGGCCACGCAGCUUUCCUAUUCCUCUGUUCUCCUACGAAGUAGAGAUGCAGCUGUCGAAGGCGAACCAGGAGUUCCUUGCUGAAGGCAAACGGCUGAACCCAAGUUUCAAAGUCAGGUCAGACAUUUUGCAGGCCUUGGCUUCUGAAAUAAUGAAAUACACAACAGGAUAUCCUACGUCUGCACAACUGGAUGAUGUUGCAGAAGCUUUGAUCAUUAAACAUCCAUGCCUAAAGGAACAGGGCUCUGUUACUGGAUACUAUGGGUGGAAAAUCAGUUUAAAAUACAAAAUGGGCAACUACCGCACUAAGCUUAGGAGUUUGGGAUGCCAAGAAAUGAGCAUUAACUCUAUAAAAAACAGAAAGCCUGGUAACUCCUCAAGCCCAAACCAAGUAAAGAAACCCAGGAGAGCUGAGGUCAAUUUUUGUCCCCAUUACCCAGCUGGAGAAGACAAAGAAAGUCUUGAGCAGGAGCGAGUAGAACUGCUAACUGAGGUCAAGAAAAGGAACAACCAUCAUGUAAUAAAACAGAAAAUGGAGAAAACCUUUGCUCAUCGGCGGUAUGAGGUGGUUCAAGAUAUGCCCUUCAUCGCAGAAUUCAAAAGUAGAUGGCCAGCUCUUUUUAUGGAAAAUGAGGUAAGUGCAGAGUUCACACGGAUUACCACCAUCCCGCUCAUCCCAAAGUUUAUGUCGCAACUGGAUCACUACUCAGACAAGUUGGCUAAAGUGCUCCGCAAAAAAGGAGGAGCAGCAGGACGCAAAAUAAAAAACAUAAUGGCUCUCAUUGACCAGAAUGACUCGGUUGAAACAAGGAGAGCUUGCAACCUCCAAGCACUAGCUGUGUAUCUUAAUGAAGACCCUGAAGAGCUAGUGAAGGAAUAUGGGAGUGAGGACCCUGAUGAAACCCAGAGACAUUUGGAUCAAACGAUCAUCGGCAUCUAUGUGAUUAAAAAUCCAGGUGUAGAUGCUGAUCAGCUUCCAGAAGAUGUUGGCAUCAUAGUUGAAGGCGUGCAGCUGCUUCAUGGGCUCAAAGAUGUUGCCACUGCUUGUGCCUUACUGUUUGGGAUCAUCUACGACCUGAACCUGAGCUCUCCAAGUGACCUAAGGCUGUUUUAA